AUGAUGAGCAGCGGAGGGAUCGGGGUGCCGCUAGGCUUCCCCUUGGGCCCCACGUCUGUCAUCCAGGUCACGAACGUCUCCUCGGCAGUGACCAGUGAGCAGAUGCGGACUCUCUUCGGCUUCCUGGGAAAUAUCGAGGAGCUGCGCCUCUAUCCCCCGGACAAUGCACCUCUUACUUUUUCCUCCAAAGUAUGUUAUAUUAAGUUUCGUGAAGCAUCAAGUGUUGGUGUGGCCCAGCAUCUAACAAACACAGUUUUUAUUGACAGAGCUUUGAUAGUUGUGCCCUGUGCAGAAGGUAAAAUCCCAGAUGAAGCCAAAGCCCUUUCUCUAUUGGCGCCUGCUCCUACUAUGGCAAGCCUGAUGCCUGGUGCAGGGUUGCUUCCUAUACCUACACCAACCCCUUUGACUACACUUGGUGUUUCACUUGGCACUUUGGGGGCUAUACCAGCAGCAGCAUUGGACCCUAACAUUACAACACUGGGAGAAAUACCACAGCCACCUAUUAUGGGGAAUGUGGACCCAUCCAAAAUUGAUGAAAUCAGAAGAACAGUCUAUGUUGGAAACUUGAAUUCACAGACUACAACAGCAGAUCAGCUGCUUGAAUUUUUUAAGCAAGUUGGAGAAGUCAAAUUUGUGCGAAUGGCAGGUGAUGAGACACAACCAACACGAUUUGCUUUUGUGGAAUUUGCAGACCAAAAUUCUGUACCUCGAGCUCUUGCCUUUAAUGGAGUUAUGUUUGGAGACAGGCCACUGAAAAUAAAUCACUCCAAUAAUGCAAUAGUGAAACCUCCUGAAAUGACACCACAAGCUGCUGCCAAGGAACUGGAAGAAGUGAUGAAGAGAGUAAGGGAAGCCCAGUCUUUCAUAUCUGCUGCUAUUGAACCAGAGUCUAGAAAGAGCAGUGAAAGAAAAGGCGGUCGAUCUCGUUCCCAUUCCUGUUCAGAAUCCAGGUCUAGCUCAAAAUCCCGAUCUAGAAGGAAAAGAUCACACUCAAAACACAGAAGUAGAUCUGGCAACAGGUCACUCUCAAGACAUAAGGACAGACGCAAAUCCAGAAGUCCCCUGAAAAAACGGUCUAGAUCUAGGGAAAGGUGGAAAUCAAGAAGUCGGUCUUAUUCUCGGGACAAGAAAAGAGACAAAGAAAAGGUCAAGGAAAAAGAGAAGGCCAAAGAAAAGGAGAGAGAUCGAGACAAAGAGAAGGAGAGAAACUGGGACAGAGACAAAGAAAGGGAAAGAGAGCGAGAUAAAGAAAGAAACAGGGAUAAGGACAAGGAGAAGGACCGGGAGAGAGAGAAAGAGCGGCAUAAAGAUCGAGAGAGAGUCAGAGACAAGGAUAGGGAUAGAGACAGGGAUAAGGAUGCGGACAAAGAUAAGGACAGGGACAAGGACAGGGAAAAGGACAAAGAUAAUGAGAAGGAAAAAGACAGAGAAGAGGUAGACCAGAACAAGGAAAAAGAUGAUGUUAUGAAAGAGAGGGAGAAGGACAGAGAUAAGAUUAAGGACAAGGAGGGAGAUAAGGACAGAGGGGAAAAAGAGAAGGACAGAGACAAAGAAAAGGAGAAAGAUGAGAAGAAGGAGAAGAAGGAGCGAGAAAGAGAAAAAGAGAGAGAUGAUAAAAAGAAGAAAGAGAAGAGAUCCAGAACACCCCCAAGAAGCUAUAGCUCUUCAAGAAGAUCUCGUAGCUCCAGCAGAGAAAGGCGUAAAAGGAAGAGUAGAAGUCUCUCCAAGUCUCCUAAAACAACAAAAAAAAAGUCUUCACAAACUCCUUCUCCAACAAGAAACAAGAAAGAAAAAAAAAGAGAAAAAGAUAAAAAUAAUGAAAGAAGAGAAAGGGAAUACUCCGCCUCCAAGAAAAAAAUUAGUAAAGAAAAAGAGGGAAAGGAGAAAUCUGACAAAAGCACCACUACUUUGAAGGACAAAGAUCACACUGAAGAGGAUCUGAAUUCAGAAACUGACAAGGAAGUAGGCAAUAGAGAUACAGAAAGGACUGAUGAAAUCAAACUACAACAGAAUGGGAACUGUCAACCAAAUGAUGAAAACCUCUCAGUUAAAAUGGAAGAGUUUUAA